GCAUCCAUAAGAAAUAUACAGCAAAUACAGCAAAGUAAAUUUUAAAAUUGAAUUUGAAUUCAUUUCAUUUGGAUGUAGAUUUUUUAUCGCGGGACUUGUGUUGAAAAUAAUAUACGUUAUUUUAUAUAUUAUUAUAUAUUAAAUAUUUUCAUUUGAAGUUGUUCAGUCAAUUCAACAACAGUGAAUUUAGUAUAAAAGUGCAAUACACGCUUAAAAACGUUUUGAAACAAAUAUUUAAAAAAAAAAAAAGAAGAAAACAUACAAUAAUAAUAAAACUAAGAAACAUCAAGCCGUUGUUUUAGUUCGUUCACUUUAAUUUAAAAAAAAAAUUAAGAACGAAAAAGAAGAAGUAAACGGCUUUUAAAGCAGCCAGAAAACGUGCAGCAUCUCUAAAACGAGUAUCUUGAUCUCGUCUAUAAUUCUUCGUAAGCAAGAAGUAUAGAGCAACAACAAGAACAACAAGACAGUAUAGUCACAACAAGAACAAACAACUUUAAUCACAAAGCAUAAGAUGUCAGACGGUAUCGAAGUUGAACAAAUGGUUGAAUCCAAACCACGAAGGAUGCCUAUGGCAACUUCGUUGGAUAAAGACGCUAUACGCGAAGCCUAUGAAGACGUACGUUCUGACCUCACAGACACGGAGUGGGCCGUCUUUAAAUUUGAUGGGCCCCGUAUUAUUUGUACAGCUCGUGGGCAAUGUUUCGAAGAAUUCCGUCAGCAAUUCGGUGAUAAUGAGAGAGCCUUCGGCUAUAUACGUAUACAAAUGGGUGAUGAAAUGUCUAAAAGAAAAAAAUUCAUUUUUCUUACAUGGAUUGGACAAAAUGUUGGCGUAAUACAAAGGGCCAAAAUGUCCACGGAUAAAGCGUUAAUUAAGGAUGUUUUAAAUAAUUUUGCUGUUGAAUUACAAGCCGGUGCUGAGAACGAAUUGGACAUUGAUCUCUUCCGUGAUGCCUUGAAUCGUGCUGGCGGUGCUAAUUAUGGUACUGGUGUGCGUAAUUUUUAAGACUUUUUAAAUGCAUUAAUUCGCCCCGUGUGAGUUUGCUUUCUGAAGCUAAUGGAAACAACGAAAAUAAAAAAUAAACAUAUAUUUUCGACAAUUUUUGAAACAAAAAUUCUAAUUUUGUAAGCAUUUUUUUUCUAACAAUAAAACAUAAGAAGAGAAAGUGAGCAAAUUGUUGCUAUAAAGUCCUGAUUAGCUGCUAAGUGUAUUUAAGAUAUUGAUUUUACUUACUUUUUAACACAACGACAGCCAUACAUACAUACAUAUAUAUAUACGUACAUAUAU